UUGCCUCAUUUGCCCUAAGCCGAUGAAAACAAACAUCAGCAAUGGCGACGGCGACGACAAUUGCGGGAUCCCGGGGGAGGCCGCGGUCGUGAGGCACCGCCACGGCCCCCUCAGUUUUCAGCGAAGAAAUCAGGUUAGAGGGCCGAUCAGCCCGGUGCCCUUUCUUUGGGCGCAAGCAUCUCUCAGAGAGCUCUUCUUGGAAAGAGCGCCACUCGGACGAAUCUACUCGUGGCCGAGCUGGAGGCAUUUCCACUCUGUCUGAGCCAAGCCUGGAAAGAGAGGCUCUUGCUGUUGCUGCCCCAGGGUCAAAUUCUGAUUUUAGCUCGGGUUUAAAGGACUCCGCCGUACUCUCCACCAACCCUCAAGAGCCAAGCUGAGAAUUUAGACUCCCACUCCGCUCGCGCCUUUCCCCUGGCUGCAUCCACGCGGAAAUUAGGCAAGGUAGCCACUGGGCCAGCCGACCGGAACUGUAGGUUCCUUAGUGCUUUUCCUUCCCAGUUGGACUGAGAAGAUCCCAAUCCAAAAGAUAUUGAUUUCUGUGCUACCUGAAACUGAGAAGAUCCUCAGCAGGAGGAAAGGAGGCAUCUUCCAUCCUGUAUCAAGACGAGAGGUCGGGAUUAAGGGAAGCCAAAUGAAUAUGGCCAAGCAAAGAGGCUAGGAUAAGCCUCUGGGUUAAUCCCGGGAUGAAACCUCGAAUUGUCACCUCAGCCUCUCCUGUACAGACUUCCAUGUGCAAUGGAUACUGACCUCAGCUCCCAGGACAGGAAGGACUUGGACAAGUUCAUAAAAUUUUUUGCUUUGAAGACUGUACAGGUGAUUGUGCAGGCCCGACUUGGAGAAAAAAUCUGCACUCGCUCAUCCUCCUCACCAACAGGCUCUGACUGGUUCAACUUGGCAAUCAAAGACAUACCAGAAGUUACUCAUGAAGCAAAAAAAGCUUUGGCAGGACAGCUGCCUGCUGUUGGACGGUCAAUGUGUGUGGAAAUCUCCCUUAAAACCUCUGAGGGAGAUUCCAUGGAACUGGAAAUCUGGUGUUUAGAAAUGAAUGAAAAAUGUGAUAAAGAAACCAAAGUUUCCUACACUGUGUAUAAUAGGCUGUCUCUACUGCUGAAAUCUUUGCUUGCUAUAACAAGGGUGACACCAGCCUACAGGCUCUCAAGGAAACAAGGUCAUGAGUAUGUCAUAUUGUACAGGGUAUACUUUGGAGAAGUGCAGCUGAAUGGCUUGGGAGAAGGAUUUCAGACAGUCCGAGUUGGGACAGUUGGUACUCCACUAGGCACAAUCACUUUGUCAUGUGCCUACAGAAUCAACCUAGCAUUCAUGUCUACCAGGCAGUUUGAGAGGACCCCACCUAUCAUGGGGAUUAUCAUUGAUCACUUUGUGGACCGUCCCUAUCCCAGCUCCUCACCCAUGCAUCCCUGCAAUUACAGAACAGCAGGUGAAGAAAAUGCAGUGACAUAUCCAUCAGUGGAAGAUUCUCAAGAAGUAUGCACAACCUCUUUCUCUACUUCUCCACCAUCCCAGUGUGUAUUUACUGUCACUAAAGCACAUUUUCAGACCCCUCCUCCUGUGGUGAUGGAUACCUUGAAGGGCCCUGUGAUGGGGCUGGCCUUUUCACAUCAACUCUCCAGCUCUCGUCUUUCUUAUCAGCCUGCAGCCUUGGGAGUUGGAUCAGCUGACUUGGGCUACCCAGUAGUCUUUGCUGGCGGCUUGAGUGCUACACAUCCUCAUCAGUUGGUGGUUCCAGGAAAGGAGGGAGGAGUACCCUUGAUUCCUAGCCAACCAAUGCAUGGCACCCAGGCUGACCAUGAGAAAAUAAUAACAUGCACCCCCCUGGAUGGAGGCCACUACUCUGCAGUUACUCCAUCUAGUAGUGAGGACCCAGAAACAGUAUCUAACAGCAGUGAAGGAAAGAGCGGAUCUCCACGUGAUGCCUUGGAGACCUUCUUUGUUCGGAAGGUGGGAGCCUUUGUCAAUAAGCCCAUCAGUCAGGUGACAAUGGCCAGUUUGGACAUUCCUUUUGCAAUGUUUGCUCCCAAGAGCUUUGACCUAGAAGAUAACGAUCCCAUGGUAAAUCCUCCUGAUACUCCAGACACAGAGUCUCCCCUCCAAGGCAGCCUACGCUCAGUUGGUUCCAGUGGCAGCAGCAGUGGGAAUAUCCAUGAUGAUUUUGUUAUGAUAGAUUUUAAGCCAGCAUUUUCUAAAGAUGACAUCAUCCCAAUGGACCUAGGGACUUUCUAUCGUGAAUUUCAGAAUCCUCCUCAACUCAGCAGCCUCUCCAUUGACAUUGGAGCUCAAUCCAUGGCAGAAGACCUGGACUCACUGCCAGAGAAAUUGGCUGUCCAUGAGAGAAAUGUCAAAGAAUUUGAUGCCUUUGUAGAAACCUUACAGUGAAAUUGAACCAAGCUAGAGCAGCAUCAGACUUCUUCUUGGGCACUGUGGAAAAGCAAGCCUAUACAUUUUGCAUCUGCCUCUCUUCCUUCAGUGUCCUGUUACGUUGCACCAACCACUUCAUUUGCUUGCUGUGCUCUGUCUGAUGCAGAAAGUAAUGUGCAUUAUUUUGAACUGAUCUUGUGAUGAGUUAAUUCAUUUUCCUUCCUGUUAAAAUUGGCAUCUACAGCAGUACAGUAAGGAACAAAAUCGUCAACGCUUUUGCUUUCUUUUAUCUCGUCUGUGAUGAUUGUCUAUUGCUUCUGCCUCCAUCAACUGUUGUCCCUUUUCACUUGAUUGAGUAGUACCAUCAAUUGAAAGGAACAAAACAAACAGAACAAUCUAUGCUACAUUGAGUCUAAACACUAGUGCUGCAGAAUUACCCUAUUUUCAGUUAGUGCGUUUCAUAUACUACAAGGGAUAAUAUUCACUUUUAAUGCUCUAAAUAAUGGAAACAAAGUAUUGCACAUUUGCAUGCGCAAUUAAGAAAUGAAGAGCACAGUUCUUUCCCUGCUGCACAGCUGGGAAGUAAUCCAUAAGCAGAAAAAAGUGCUUUUCAUAUAUUUUUCCACCAAUAGAGUCAAAAACAAUGCCUGUCUAAGUCUUGUUGCUUUUGAAGAAGGUUCAGAGUUCAUGGGGUCUUCUUACAGUUGGUAAUUAUAAAUGUGUUAGUAAUCCUAAUUCUUUAGGAUUACUUAAUUAGGAAUCUUUAGUCCAAAGUUUUUCCAGAUGCUGCUGCUCUAUGGUAAGAGAAAUAAGACAUAUUUAUUAUUCUAAAGGAAAACUAUAUUUAAAGAAAAAUUGUAUGUGAUGUUUUCACUUUGUUAUGUAGCCAUAGGCUGCUGUGUUCUUUGUCACUGCAAAAGUGCUGUACUAAACAACUCUGCAAAGAGUGAGGGCAUCUUCCUUCCCCUUGCUCUUUGCAGGGUGAAUCAGAAUACCUUUUUCCCCCCAAAACAGACGUGUUAUGCUGGGAAAUGUAUCUUUCCCAGAAACUGACUUGAUCUUCAUUCUGCCCUCUUAGGGUCUAGAAAUGUCAUGAUUAAGAUGCUUGCUCUGGUGUAGUGAAUUUGCAGAGUUCUAAAAAGCUGAGCUUUGUAAAAUAAACUUACUGUAAUCUGCGGUGAGUUAGAAAGUAACUUGGUAUAAAAGCACAUUUUAUGAGAUUUAUGGUACUUGUUCUAUCCCGCAACAUUUUGUUAGAAGUUUUUUUCUAAUGAAUUAGGCAUUAAGUAAUGAAAUUGGCUGGCAUUUCUAUAUGUUCUGUUUGCUCCAUGUUCCACAGCAAGUAUGGGGAAGGGAAAAGACAAGACACUAACCUUGAGUUCAGGGAUAAGCUAGGCUCUGGGCACAACUUCUUCUUUCCACUGUCAAAAAACAGGCUAAGGAUUCACCUCUAUGUAUAUUUUCUUGGGAGCAAGUUUUUCUUAAAUUUGGGAAGAUAUUUUUGAGUAAACCUGUUUAGGAUUGGACUGUCAUAUAUUGAAGAAAGAUCAUAUCCCCUCACUCCUUUUGUCUUUGAUCUUAGAUGCUUUUUGUAUGAUUGUUGGCUUUAGAUAUGAAGGAUAUUUACAGUUUAAAAUAAUGGGAUGUUGACUUCCUGAAGUACAGUGCUCCGCUCUUUUAGGUUUAGCUUAUUUGGGGCCUGAGGCAGGGUGGUUGAGGGGGGGGGAGUAGUAGGGCAGUAUACAUCUUCUGGAGCUUUCUAUUCCCUGCUGCUUUGCAGAAAUGAGCAGAAAAUUAAAUCUUUUGUCUUCUAGCAUGUAGUUUAUAUUAAUAGCUCAAACUGUAAGAAGCUUAUUUAAGUCGACUAAAAAAAAUAAUCUUUUAAAUAUAUUUUCAAAGCACCAGUGAUGAUACUGUUAUCCGCUAUUGGUCCAUUGAAGAACACACAUCUAGAUUCAUACCUAAAUUGCUCCUAAGUGGGGGGGGGGUUGUUUUUGGGCUAAGAAUGAUAGUAACAUCAAAACUACUUCAAAAUAAAUUGGCAGAAAGAAGUUCCAACCCAUAGCCAUAUCUGCAUAAAGUAGGGCUUGAUUCCCAGAGUAUUUACCAAGCCCUUUAGCUUUAUAAUCAAAAUAUAAUAUGAAUACAGGGGAGGGGGAAAUUCCUUAUUAUUACCCAUGAAAUGUCAGGUGACUUGUACUGAUGUAGAGCUAUUCUUCUUUGCCUAAGCAGGAUGGGUUUUCCACCAUUGAUUACAGGAGAGCCUAUUCCUGUAAAUGAAGAUAUCUGAUAAGGAAAUUGCAUUUCUACUGUUCCUAUUGUGGGGUCAAGUAAAAGUCGCUUCUCUUUCAAAACUGAGUUGCUUUAUGCACUUUUACCUUGACAUUUGUGCCACAGCACUUAUUUUGUUCCCCUUCAAUUUCACAAUAAGCAUUUUGUGACAGUUAAGGGAAUUUAGUCAAAUAACUAUUUAUUCUCAUAGUCUAAAAUUAUACAGAUAAUAAAAUAAAAAUAUAACUUCUGUAUCUCUGAAUAGAAUUAAGAGUUACUCAUGUUGAUAUUCAUUUGCUAUGUAUAGGAAUAAUGCUGGGUUUUUCUUACACCGAAGUACAUUCAGGAUUGUAUCCAAUGGUGUGAUUCUGAUGUUCUACCAACAGAAUACCCCUUUGAGAACUUCACAGAUUGGGGGUACUUGGGAGGGGGGAGGAAACAGCAAGACAUUUGCUUACAUAUUGUAAGGCUCUGUUGUCUGAGUCCUGUUUUUUUGUUUAUUCUUUGAACAAAUUCUCAUUGAUUCUGCCUAAUAAAUGCAUCAAUUUACUAGCCCAAACA